AUGCGUAUUAAGCUUACCAUUGGCAACCUUGCAGCUGACUACAGGUUCACAUCAGCAACAGGAGUAAUAAAGGACAUUUUUGCGUCCGUAUCCCUUCCGCGUUGCUCCGCCAUAUUGGUGACAGACGGAACAGUUUCGACGCCUGCAGUCAAUGAGGUGCUUGCCAGUAUCCCAGCUCCGUGGGGCGUGGGUGUGUACGAAAUGGACAAAGAUAAUAGAACUGACGUGGAGAAUUCUCUAAUAUUAAGCGAGGCUCGGAAGUUACGUAUGUCGUCGUGGUGCGUGAACGUGGUCGUCCUGAGCGACGACCCCGCCUUCCUGGCCUCCUUCGCCGAGUCGUCGCUCCGGGGCCGCCUCCUGGUGUGGGCCACGAGGCUCCUGGUCGUCACCCGCCGGCCCCUUCAGGAGGUCGGCGGCGUCCUCGCAACCCACUGGACUUUCUCCAUGAUGAAUGCUAUGGUCGUUAUCUUGGGAGAGGAGAAUUUUGCCCGAAUCAACGGUACAUGCUAUAUGUCUACAUUCAGUACUACUUUCCUCCCUUUACCUACUGUGUUCAGCUUGGUAUCGUUGCCUCUAAAUUCAUCCACAAUGUCAAAAACUUCAAAGCAAACUGUUCAAGGAAGCCAAGUGGUGCGUUUGGCUCACUGGACCCCUCAGCGAGGCCUAGCCGUUCGAAGUGGCUCAAAGCUCUUCCCGCAGAAGUUUGACAAUUUUUAUGGCGGUAGGAUCAGUGUGACAGCCAAAAACUAUAAGCCUCUGUGGUUUGAAGUAGAGGAGGUUGCACCCAAUGGCAGGGUUUUGAAAAGAACAACUGGAAUGGAUUACCUUCUCCUCGAUGCCGUGUCGAAGAGCUUGAAUUUUACGUACAACAAUCUCCAUGUCGACUCGUGGGCUGAGGCUUUGGACCUUACAAGCCAAAGGAUCUCCUUCGUGACACCCGUAUACCACGCUGUCCUCGCCACCCGCCUGAAGCGCUUCGACUACAGCAUGGGCUACACUUUUGCCUUCAUAUCCUUCAGUAUGAAAAAGCCUGAAAUUCAGCCUCAAUGGCAAAGCCUGUAUUACCCUCUGGCGGACCAAGUGUGGCUGGCUAUCCUGAUGAUCGUGAUUCUAGCGCCGGGGUUGCUGGUGGUGGUGCGUUGCGUGGCCCGAACAGAGGCUGCUCUCCUGGAUGAUCGUGAUGUGAUGACGCUUCGAAACGGCUUCACUCUGAUGUUCGGAUCGCUCCUUGGGCAAAGCGUGGAAAUGGGGAGGACCAGUAAGAACGGCUUCCGAGUUCUUGUAGGAGGAUGGCUGAUCUUUGCCUUCAUCGUAGGAACGGCUUAUCGAGGCAACCUGACCGCAGCUCUCACUCUGCCCAAGUACCCGCCGAGACCCGAGACGAUCGAGCAACUCGUCGGCAAUGCCAAAAUGGUAACCAUUAUGCCAUGGGGGAAGGAUUUCAAGACGUACUUCAAGGAUUCGGACUCUCCCGUGUUCGAAAAGCUGUCGGAUCUGAUGCUUGUGGGAAUUGACACCAUCGAGGGACUGCAACAAGCGAUCGAUUCAAGACAAGCACACAUGGAAACCAUCCACAAGCUAAAACUCGACAUCGCCGAACAAUUCACUCGACUGGACGGCUCGACCCAGCUGUACAUCGGCCGAGAGAACGUGAUGCCCGGACUGGCUGCCUGGCCCCUACCACACGACGCUCCUUACACGGCAAAUAUCAAUCGCUGUCUACUUGCCGUUGUAGAGCUCGCUGUAUCUGUACUGCCGGACUCUACAGCAAAUGGGAAGCUGAAAUGGUAG